AUGUCGUAUGGACAGUUCAAGAAAGAGACGGAUGAAAAGCGCAAGUCGAUAAUGAAGGACUACCUAGCAUCGCCCGGACCUUCGCGACUACUACAGAGUGGAAAGACGAAAUUUAGCGAGGCUUCCACUUCCACGGUCACAGAGGAUGUAUACAAAUGGUCAUAUAUUAAUACAGAGGACCUCGUGACUCCAACACAUAUUUUACAACUUCUCAACUCUCGCGGACGGUUUACACCCAACCGUUUUGCCGAGACGGAUUGGCAAAGCUCCGAGCUUGGUCGCAACAUCAGUGUUAUCAAGGCGCAUCCGAUACAUGACGACCCAAAUGACGAAAGCCAAUACAAAGACCUAUUUGAAGCCGAAGAUGAAGGCGACGAACGAGAAGGUGAAAUCGAAACGGAGAAGAGAUUACGCCAAUGGAAAGAUAGACACAAAGACAGCGAAUGGGCUUACUAUAUGUUGAUGGACCGUACCAAUCUAGAAGCAUGUGAAAUUCCGAUGAAGAUCCCGGUCGCACUGGAAGCCGUAAAACCCUGGGAAGACCACACCUGGGCUAUCAGCGAAUGGUAUGAACACUUGUCUGUACACAUAUUGGAUAGGAAGGGAAGGAAAGAUUCCAACUUCUCUGACCCGGAUGUUCACAGAGCCCUUUGGCACAAUACGAUAGCCAUGGCCAUCAAGGAGCCUUACGAAAAUCUUGCUAUAUGGAAAACCGCAUUCCGUGCUCUAAACAUCAUUAUCAAGAUCGUGGCGUCACGGGCGCAGAUCCAAAAGGAGGUUGAUACAUGCGCAAGGGCUGUCGGAUGGUUAAGCGAUUUCCUUGAUCUGCGCCUCAUUACAAAGCUAGCUAAGAGGCUGCCAAAUUUACUCCCCGGCUCACCACCGAUGCGCGGCAUGUUUAUCCAGAAUGCGGUCGCAAAUCCGAAUAUGAGGUUCUCCGUCUUGCUAGCGCCGUUACGAGAAGAGAUGCAAUGGACGCCACACUGGGUGGAACCGGCGGAACUCUCCAACCAAGCGAAGACAGAUGCUGCUCUGGAAGAAUACAUCAUGCCGAUGAUACCGGGACAGCAGCGCGACACUAUGGAUCUUCCAAUCCGGAGUGAGAAACUGAAGACCAGAGGAAAGACCAACGGUCCUUCCGCUGGGCCCGUCGAAGUUGAAGCGGACCUGCAGGCAGUCGUUCCUGAGGAGACAAACACCCCGUCUACACCGCGCUUCACCGUUGGGAAGAAGACCCAGCACACUUUCUCGACUAUAUUCUUUCAGCCGUCUGCAAGCUCGCAUCCUGGUGACGUCCCAUAG